AACCGACCGGGUCCCAGACCAGAUACGGAUACACAAUGGACGCACGACAUGUACGACACCCAUAAUUCGCUCUCCGCCCGUAUGAACAUCAACCCGGGCGCCCCGAAAGCAAACCUGAAUCAUGGCAUUGUUGGCAGAGCCAUCCAAGCAGUCGCCUCCUCGUCCGAUAGUCCGCUCUCCAUCCGAGGAGCAAGCGCUGCAUCCCAAGGAAACGUUGUGGAAGUCAAAAAUCUCGCCGCAGGCACAACCGCAGACGAUGUCGUCGCUAUCUUUAAACGCUGUGGGGAGAUUUUAAAGGCUUCCUCUCUUCCCGGGAAGGAACUUGCCAUUCGCAUCACUUUCAAGACCCCUUCUGCUGCCCAGGCUGCCGUCAAAAAGUUUGACAAGCAAACUGCCGAUGGGAAGAUGUUGUCGGUGACAGUAGUGGGCAGUGUUUCGACCAGUCUGGGAGGACGAUUAGGCGGAACCGACGGACUGGGCUUAGUAAGGCAGGAGGGUAGCGUGGAUAUUCUCAUGGAAUCUGCGAAUGAUACCGGAUCUAAAAUGCGAUCUGACUCACUCUUGAACGAGAGAGCUGCACAAGUUCUAGUCGCCCCUCCUGGCGCCAACCCAGCCGAAUACACACAGGGGAACAGUGGUCGAGGGUCGUCGAAGCGAGGCGGAACGGGUCGCGGACGCGGUAACCGUCGAGGUGCUGGAAAACGCGGCGGAAAUGGUGGACGGAUGGAUGUUGACUGAAUCACGUCCCGGCCCAAUCUGCGUUCCUGGUUCCCAAGUCCAUCCAUCAUCAUCGCAUCUAUGACUGCUUAUUCUUGUCUCGCUUGGCCACUGUUUGAGCGCAGCGACAUCCAGAUCCGCUGUAUGCUUGCCGACUGUUGUACUGCCGAAACCGUGUAUUUAAUGGAUUUCUACGUCUCGCCUUGAACGUGAACUGAAUAAUAUCUUGUCCGGGUGCAGUGCACGGCAGACCACCGCGUAUGACGAAACUAUGCUUCUAUUCUCAAGCACUGCGGUUUCACACAAUAACCUCUGCAUAUGUUACCAGCACCUCACUAUCGCAAUCGCCGCCAGUCCGACACUUGAUGUCCUCGCGAAAUGUAAAUGGUCAGUGGAAACAAAAAAGUCUCCGAAGGCGCACAAGUCAAGGUUGUCGGGGAAGCGUUAAUCAUCUCCGGACAUGUACCCAACAAUUGUUAUGUUAGCGUCAAAAUCUAGGUCGGAAUCUUGAGGCACCAACAUGAGCAUGCAACCGUUUUACAGUCUUGGGUCCAAAAUUGAGAUUGAUGGCACGAACAAUUGUCCAGCCCUUGGCACUUUUCUCCACCAUCAGCACUACGAACAUCCAUCGGAACUCUCCCGUCAGACGUUAAGAGACAGUUAUAAUACAGUGGAACGAGGCCUCCCAGGAGUGUAUUGCAUUGUGUCAGACUGAAGGGCUGAGUUUGACGGAGGUUGACCGCGGGUUGACGGCCAUCUCGGUUGAGCAGAAGUGAGAAGUUCGUACGUGAUUCCGAGUUGACCAGUAGGCUAAUGGACGAGCCCAGUACCUCCACCGCAUCGUUCGCUGCCAAUUCCAACCCCCGGAAAUCUCAAGUGUCGUCAUGUGCGGAGUGCAGGAGAUUGAAGCUUCGGUGCGUGUCGGUCGUAUCUCGUGCGGGGUGUGGGUACGCGAUAGACAUGCUCAACGUCGGGCACACUCUUCCAUUUCCAGUUGCGACCGAAUAUUCCCUUGUUCGUCCUGCAUACGACGAGGCUGCGCGAACCUAUGUCCGACCGGAACGCUCGAGAAGGGCAAACGUGGAUUCUUGAAGCGGCUAGAGCAGUCUUUGCCGUCGGUCAAACCUGGGGUGGAGAUUGAGCACUCCGAGGUGGCGAUGUUCCUCGCACGGGACAAUGCGAUGGGGAAAAGGAUCAAGGAGUUGGAGGAUGCGUUGGCUGCGUGCGUCGUCACUCCUCCUUCCCCUUCUGUGUCAUCAUGACAGCAACGUCCGAUGUAGGGCCGGCGUCAGCAUUCCGCCCACCGCGUCGGUCCUGGCUGAUGCUCCGACCUUCCGUUUACCCUCACCACCCCAAGAAAACGAAGGCCGAGCAAAACGUCCACGUAUUGCCUCGCUCUCGGACGCACAACCGCCCGCAUCCAAAGAUCGCGAUUCUUCCGCCACCGACGUGACAUUGGGCAUUGGCACCCUGACAAUUGACGUGGAGAAUCGCCCACGAUAUGUGAGCGCAACCAGCGGCGCCGCGUACCCCGACUUGUGGAGGAAUGCUCCGCGGCACAUGCAUAACUAUUCUGGGUCGCAGGACCAGAAUGCCACUGUACGAGGUCGUUCCCGAAGACAUAUUCUUCACUGUCCAUUUCCCUACCAUCUACAUGGACCCACUUCGUGCGGCCUGCAUUCCGUCAAAUCUGCAUGUCCUUUCGUUAUUUGCCAUGGUGCUGGCCAUUGGGGCGCUGUUUGACUUGGCGCUUCCAAUUGCCGAGGUUCAACCGCGAUCAGCUGAGCUAUACGCGGUUGCGUUGUCGGCCUUAGACCUCAGGUUUCCGGUCAAUUUCGACUCGAUCUCUGCUGCGCAGAGCUUGCAUCUGAUGGCUCUCUGGUUCUUAUGCAUGCGCGGGGAAGAGGGUGGGGACUCAGCGUGGCAAGCAUUGGGCUUAGCCAUGCGCUCCAUUGUGGCACAGGAGUGUCACCGGGACGACUCCAGCUGGGGACUGCCGCCUCGCGAAGCCGAGGAGAGGAGGAGGGUCUUCUGGGAAACCCUAGUCUUUGAUCGGCUGCAGUCGUUCACGCUCGGGCGGCCGUAUGCGUUGAGCGAUGCACAUCACAACUGCGAGAUGCCCCAGACAUGCGACACCCCGCUUCCGUCUGAUACCGACCCGGAAGAUCGCGUUUUUUCACAUCUGAAAUGGCACACCCUAAAAUUCCGUUUUGCGCUACUCCUGGGCCGAAUCGUUGACACUGUGCUCAAUGCCCGUCAAACUCCGACUUAUGAGGUUGUGUUGGACAUGGAUCGGGAUGUCCAGUCGUACUAUGCCUCGCUCCCCGGCUGGGCCAUCUGCGAAGCGGUUGAGCACCCCGUGACUGCGUUGCCAUCACCUGACGAGCUCAGGCCGGCGAAAGACGGCUUGCAAAUGCGACGGGACGCUCAGAUCGCUUCGCUGGCUAAUAUGUGCUUCUUGGCUAUACUCGAUCUGCAUCGUGGGCCAUUCUGCCGCGCUUUGAUGCUCGGGGGAAGGAAUCUAGUAUCUUCAAAAUAUAAGCAGAGCGUCGAAAGUUUGACGAAUGCUGCUCGCGCGAUGAUAAAUGUUGCUCGGGGGCUCUUUGCUCGACAUCCGAGAUUGUUUUCCCGCAUGUGGUACUGGAUAUUUCACUCCUUUACAGCGGCAGUGUGUCAGGCUGUGUUUGUGAUUGGGGCGCCGAGACAUCCGUUGGCGCCUGCCGCCUACGAAAGCAUGCAGUCUGCCCUUCAUUUAUAUGCCCGAGCUGAUGGGGAGCACUCCAAAGCUGCUUCAGAACGGCUAGUGAGGUUGGCAGCUCAAGCUCGCUCAGAGAUGGACAAGGCCCACAGGGUUGCAUCGAUCUCAAUAGAGGACACGCCCCCGACCCGCGUCGCUUUCCCCACAUCCAAUAUCCGAGGCAACGUUGCUGAGGAUUUCCUCGGUACAUCGCCCACGCUUGUUCGUUCGGCGCCCGAGCCUCAGCACGACAAAGACGCAUCACAACACAGUCCAUGGCCCCAGCCCGAGUCCGAUUGGAUAGACCACAACUAUCAAUUCGAUGCUCAGACGCGUCUUUUCCAUUCGGAACAGCCGGGCAGCCAGCAAUUCAGCGCUUCUCGAUACUUUUCUGAAGACGGAUUUGAUGUGACGGCCUUCAUUCAGAGUGGCGCACGUCCUUGGAUGUUCGAUAACUAGUCGGAAUCCGAGAGUGAGGAUCUAUGUAGUGAACGCGGGAUAAUAUGGCUUGGUAGUGCACCUGGAAUACCUUGCCUUCUCAGCAAUGCUGUUGGACUAGAUAUGUUGUAGACUAAGACUGAAAUGGGUCCCAGAUGAAUAGUUGCG